ACACAUUUUGUUUGUUUGUUUUGUGUUUAUAACUCGGAACAAACAAAGAGAAUCUUAGACAUUUUAUAUCUGUGAAAGAGAAUAUAACCACUACAGCAGAUCUCACUUCGUUUUCAUUACAGUUGCAAGUACAUAGGUACAUUUAUUUUGCUUUUUAGGAUUCUGAUUUUAACCAAGGUAGGGCUAGGUUAAAUCAUAUGCAAUCAAUUGCAUUUUCCUGAGGUUGUUUUGUUGCUGAGAUUGAGAUAUUGAAUCUCGAAAAAAUGGAAGACGGAAUCACUUUAAUAGUGGAUGCUAUUGAAAAUUGCUUACUACCAAGACUUGAAAGAGCUCUGGAUGAAUCAGAAUACCACGCAGAAUUCAAUGUGCGAGAAAAUAAAUUGAACACACAUUUCCCGAUCAUUAUUGAAACAUUAGGUAAUCUCGACUUCAGGCUUGAAACAGAAAAAGCAUCCAUCAUUUUGCCCAGAUUAUUAAUACUAGAUCUGGAGUUACAAAGUGAAGGUCCUUGGUUCAGAGAGCAAUGUAAAACUUACUCUACAAGUUUGAACCAAGCAUUUGAAAAGAUGUAUGGGUUUAAGCUGUAUAAUAUAUUGGAGUAUCACAAUGUGUUUAAUGUGCAGAUGUUGUUUAAUAAAUGUUUAGAAUACCUACAUUUAAAGGUCACAUCAACUACUUUCAAGAACUACCCUGGUCUGGUAGAAGUGUACUGUAAAUUAGCAAAUAAUGUAAAGGAUUACAAAAUUGAAUUGAACCCCAUAACUGUGCUGCCACUAUCUUUGAUUCUCAUGGAGCAUUUCGACAUUGAUACCAAGAUCAAAGGCUUGCGGUUUUGCUUGUCAAUCCUGGAAUGUUUGACAUCAGAUGCAUUCAGGCAAGGGAACUACUAUGAGGUUGUUUAUAGUUGUUUAAUUAAAUGUUUUGAUGAAAAGGACUUGGAAGUGACAAAGUUGACAACAUCUUGUUUGUUGUUGAUGCUCACCAAGCUACCUGCAAAAGAUAAGGUGAUAAAAGUAGACGAAGUAUACAGGACAAUCCUGGAGCUAAUGUAUACAGAAACCAACUUGUACAGGAAGGCGGCAUGUUUAAAUGUUACAAAGCUGAUCAUAGACAUGCAUGGGGUGAACUGUGUCAAGUAUAAACUAUUCAAAUCAGUUGUCUGCGAUGCCUUGGAUUUGAGUAGCAAUAAGGCCGCCGCCGAUAUUUUAUUAAAAGAAGUUUUACAGUGUUUAACAUCUUGGUUAAAAUAUAGUUGGUGCGUUUGGAGACUGUCAACAUAUCAGGAUAUUUUGUCGGCAUUGUUUAAAACUCUAUAUGUGUCAAGUGACAAUGAUGAGGCAGUUGCAAUUAUAUUAAAAUUAAUAAUGACAAUGAUUCAACUAUGUACACAAGAAGAGCAGAAACAAAUUGCCAGCAGUAUGAAAUCUUUCACCGAUGCUAAUAAAACUAAUCAAAAGUUUCUAGCUAAUAUGGAAAUAAUAAAGAAUAGCAUUGCUUAUUAAAAAUAGCUUUAUUGUAAAAAUAAACAUGAUUCAUAAAUA